UAAAUAGGAGGGAUGAAGCCAGCAGAGAUCAGAUUCUCUCUACAGAGACCUCUACAGCACAGACAUCCAGACAUGGCACCUACAAUCACUACAGCAAUGACCAACUCUCAGGAACAUCUGACUCUGACACACAAGCUCAGAAAGCCUCAGGUGGAGAAGUUACGCAGAGAGCGAAUCAACAGCAGCAUUGAGCAGCUCAAGUCUCUCCUGGGUCCAGAGUUCCUCAAACAAGAGCCAGACUCCAAGCUGGAGAAAGCAGACAUCCUGGAGAUGACAGUUUGUGUCCUCAGACGACUGCAGCAGCAGAAUCAAGCUGUGCACAAAGUCCAGACCAGCAACAUCAAAGAGAAGAGUCCAGUCAACAGCGCCCCCUGGAGGCCGUGGUAG